AUGGGGGUUAAUGAACUCCAAUGGAAUGGUAACUACUACACUUGGAAUAAUAAGCAAUGUGGAGAGAGUAAAAUAGAUAGAGCCUUUGGCAAUGAUGAAUGGAUGGAUAACUGGGGGCAUGUAGUGGUAGAGUAUGGGAAUCCAAAUAUUUCAGAUCAUAGCACUAUGAUGUUAACUCUGGAAAAAACUCAACAGCAUGGGAAAUGUAGCUUCAAAUUUUUCAAUGUUUGGACUGAGCAUGAAAGGUUUAUGGAGAUUGUAGAAACUGCAUGGAAAAGACAAUAUGGUUAUGAUGCAAUGAAGAAGGUGUGGUGUAAAUUGAAGGAUCUACAACAUAGACUACAGCAGCUGAACAUGAAAGAAUUCAAGUACAUUGGGAAGAAGAUUGAACAGGCUAGAAUAGAUGUAGCAAAUGUUCAAAAUCAGCUGAAUGAACAAGCUACUGAUGAGUUGAUUAUGAAGGAGAAGGAGUUAUUGAUCAAUCUUGAAAAAUGGUCCUUAAUUGAAAAGAAUGCUCUGAGACAAAAAUCAAGGAUUAAAUGGAUUCAACUGGGAGAUGCAAAUAACAAGUACUUUAGUGCAGUCAUUAAAGAGAGAACUCAAGAGAAGCAAGUAAGAAGUAUUAUGACCUUAAGUGGUCAGAUGAUAUAUGAUCCCCAGGAAAUCCAAGAGGAGUUUGUGAUAUUUUAUAAGAGUUUGAUGGGGACUUCAGCAGGAAAGCUACCAGCAGUCAAUGUAAAAGUGAUGAAGAGAGGGCCUGCACUGACACAACUAUAA